AAAAAAAAUUUUUUUUUUGUAUCCUUUCUUAGCUAUAAUUAUAAAUUGUUAUUUUAGAGAACGAAAACUUUGAAUAUCAAUAAUACCCCUUCUGCACACUGCGCUCUUUCUAGGAGGCACAUUCGACAUCUAAUAAAUUUGAAUUGGUUAGCAAAGAAAGUUCAUGCGUUAUUAAGCACUAGCAUUAAUUACUCGAAAUUACAUUAGGCGAGUAACACAUUACAAUGCUUACAAUGCUUUAAUCAAUCAGAUUUGUGUUACAGAUUGUCGAGAUAACUUUGACUAUCAAAACAAGAGUUUCUUUUUUUUGUGCGCCAGUCGUGGACAAAAAUAAAAGGCGCGACAUUCUAAAAAAGGGGUUAGUCCCCUUGUAAAAAUGUAUAAAUUGUCCUUCUCCACGCUCUUUUUUGUUCCUCUCUCUUCACAUUUUGUAUUUUUAUUAUUCAUUCACCCUUCAUAUUAAAAUAUCUACAAAAUAGAUCAAAAUGUGUGGUAUUUUUGCUUAUCUUAACUACCUUAUUGCCAAAGAUCGAAGAACAAUUAUUGAUAUCCUUACGAGUGGUUUAUCUCGUCUUGAGUACCGUGGUUACGAUUCCGCAGGUUUAGCAAUCGACGGGGAUGAUAGCGGAGUAGUACUCAUCUAUAAACAAGUCGGAAAAGUUGCCGCGUUAAAGAAACUCGUUGCUGAAGCAACUGUUGACUUUGAAAAAGAAUUUGUCAGCCACUGUGGUAUGGCACAUACUCGUUGGGCUACUCACGGUGAACCUUCUCCAACGAAUUCACAUCCUCAUCGUUCUGACCCAAAGGGCGAAUUUACUGUGGUUCAUAAUGGUAUAAUUACUAAUUAUAAGGAAUUGAAGACAGUCCUCGAGAAGAAAGGUUAUAUGUUUGAAUCGGAGACAGAUACUGAAGCUGUUGCCAAACUUGCGAAGUAUUUGUAUGAUACUCAAAAAUCCAAUGAAAACUUGAGUUUCACCGCGCUUGUUAAAGGUGUCAUCAAGGAAUUGGAAGGAGCUUUUGCCUUGAUCUUUAAGAGUGUACAUUUCCCCAACGAAAUUGUUGCCACGCGUCGUGGAUCUCCUUUGUUAGUUGGUGUCAAAACUGAAAAAAAAUUAAAAGUAGACUUCGUCGAUGUUGAAUUUGGAACAGAUUCUGCAUUUGCACCAACGGAAGAAAAGGUAGAAGGAGGUUUAUUAUCUCCCACUGAUGGUCAUCCAAAACUAAGACGUAGUCAAUCGCGCGCUUUCUUAAGUGAAGAUGGGUUACCUCAACCGAUUGAAUAUUUCCUUGCAUCUGAUCCUUCUGCUAUCGUUGAACACACUAAACGCGUACUUUACCUUGAGGAUGAUGAUAUUGGACACAUCUGUGAUGGAGAACUUCAUAUUCAUCGUUUAAGACGUGAUGAUGGGAUAUCAGCUGUUCGUUCUAUUCAAACUUUAGAAAUCGAAUUAGCUGAAAUUAUGAAAGGUUCCUUUGAUCACUUCAUGCAAAAGGAAAUUUAUGAACAACCUGAGUCAGUAGUAAAUACUAUGCGUGGUCGCGUUAACUUUGAAAGUCAUAAAGUCACUCUUGGUGGUCUUAAAGCAUAUUUAGCAACUAUUCGACGUUGCAGACGUAUAGUAUUUUGCGCAUGCGGCACAAGUUAUCACUCUUGCGUGGCUACCCGUGCCAUUUUUGAAGAGUUAACAGAAAUUCCUGUCUCAGUAGAGUUAGCCAGUGAUUUCUUGGACAGGAAGACUCCUAUAUUCAGAGAUGAUGUGUGCGUGUUUGUGUCACAAUCUGGUGAGACAGCAGACACAAUCCUUGCUUUAAGAUAUUCUCUCGAACGUGGAGCUCUUUGUCUUGGAAUUACCAACACUGUUGGCUCAACUAUCUCACGAGAGACACACUGUGGUGUUCACAUUAAUGCUGGUCCCGAAAUUGGUGUCGCAUCCACUAAGGCCUAUACUUCACAAUUUAUUGCUUUGGUCAUGAUGGCCAUUCAAUUGAGUGAAGAUCGUUCAUCAAUGACUCAGCGACGAAAUGACAUAAUUGAAGAACUCAGAAAAUUAUCUGAUCAUAUUAAACAAGUUUUAAAUAGUGAUAAAGAAUUACAACAACUUGCCAAAGAUGUUCUUUAUAAAGAGAAAAGUCUUUUGAUUAUGGGUCGUGGGUUUCAAAAUGCUACAUGUUUAGAAGGUGCAUUGAAGAUCAAAGAAGUUUCAUAUAUGCAUUCCGAAGGUAUUUUAGCCGGUGAAUUAAAACAUGGUCCUUUGGCUCUUAUCGACGAAAAUAUGCCAGUCAUUCUUAUCAUGACUAAAGAUUCUUUGUAUCCGAAAGUACAAAGCGCUCUUCAACAAGUUACAGCCCGUAAGGGACAACCAAUCAUUAUUUGCAAUGAUGGAGAUGAGGGAAUAUCGAGUCAAUACAAAACGAUUCGUGUUCCCCAAACAGUUGAUUGUUUACAAGGACUUCUUACAAUUAUCCCCUUGCAAUUGCUAUCGUAUCAUUUGGCAGUUCUGCACGGAGUUGACGUUGAUUUCCCACGAAAUUUAGCCAAAUCUGUAACCGUUGAAUAGAAAGGGUCAUAUUUAUAAGUAACUGUUGAAUAGAAAAGGUCAUUAAUGACCUAUUAAAAAAAAGUAAAUAUUUCUACCCUAAAAUAUUUCAUCAGUCUUAUUUGUUUUUCAACCUGAUAAUAUAUUUAUUUCCAAUGAUAUUGUAAUAAUGGACUUUAUUUAUUAAGGAAUCCAAGAAGAGAUGUUUUUUGGUAUAGAUUUAUUGUUGUUAAUUAUUAUUUCAAUUCGUAUAUUAUUCAUUAUUUAUUUUUUCAUAAUAAAAUCAUAUUUACUGUACUACAUUUACAUGUUCCGUAUUGAAUGUAACAUAGAAAAUCAUGGUCACGCACUAACU